GUUAGAUCUCAUAUUAAUCUCACUUGUGUACAUUUCACCAAAAUGAGCCAUAACCGAGCAUUUGGCUGAUUGCUAUUACAGUGAAAAUCUAUUAUACUUGGAAGGGAUCAGAAACAACAUGCCUGGCUUCAUUUCCAUACCAGAUCAAUUCCACUGAUUCCAAUCUCGUCCAAGUUCCUCUACGUCAAUGUGUUAUGUGUGUGUGCACGUCCUGCCCAGAUAUGCUUUUGCGUCCGGAUUCGGAUUCGGCCGUUUACACUGCCAACUUUGAAGAAGUAGACCAUAAAGCGACCUCAACCGAUGAAAAUAUUGUAUGGGAAGGGCAUGGUUUGAUGUCGUGGAUAUUGAACGAUAAUAAUCAUACUGAAACGUCUGUGAUGGCUCGACUCACGAAACCUAACGAAGACCAUGACGCGUACAUUGCCGAAGUGUUGUUACAACUACACCCUACACAUCGCAUUACCAAGACCGAUUUCUAUCAUUCGCUUACGCGCGGCCGGAAUCAGAACGAGCCCACUAUUACGUUGCCUCGACCGCAAAAUCCAUGGAAUUCACCAGCAUAUGACAGUGGGAGCAGCGGGUAUCGAUCUGAAAUACCACAACCUCAAUCGGCCCCAUCCGCAUCCCAAUCGGCUCAUUUUUCACCACGACCAAUGUCCAUUUCACGCUUGCCUGGCUCAUCGCCGUCAGCGCAGACAGCCAAUUCAUCGCAAGAAAAUGAAUUUGAUUCGUUCAUUAGCCGCAGGAGGCUAGGGGGGAAUCGAUUUGGAACACCAACACGCAAAUUAUCAGAUGAAGGGCCUAGCGAUGGACCCAUUACGCGUUUGCCACCCAUUAGACCUAUCCCUGUACGAGAAGAUAUAUCUUCAACACCCAACAGAUCUUAUUAUCAAGAUGAAAGACCAAUGGAUUAUGACCAGAAUGGGGAGCACUCAAAGAGGCGGCGACUGAGUCCGCCUUCUACACACACCGUAAAAGGGGGCGCAUUCACACCAAUCAAUCCCACGCGACAUGUUACCCCUUCGGUUCCAUCGCCACCCUUAGAAUCAACCUAUGCUCAAAGCGAGUCUCCCGACGCGACCACUCCCAAUCACCAGACCACCUUAGCCGCGAGUAAUCGCCAAAUGCCACGCUUUAGACGUAAGAAGCGAGACACCAAGCCACCAAACAAUGACGUUCGUUCUGUGGUAGAUGUAGCCAAAGAUGAAAGUGGAAAGUAUAUCUUGCCAGUAGAAGUCGAUUCAUGGACAGUAUAUGACCUUGGAAAAGUCGUUUGGGAUAGGCCAGCAUUCCACAAUCAACGUUAUAUCUACCCCGUUGGUUACCGUGUAAAAAAAUGGUACAGAAGCAUGGUGGAUCCCUUAAACGAUACACAGUACACUUGUGAAAUUCUGGAUGGAGGCAAAGAACCUAUCUUUCGAUUGCAAGCCGACGAUAACAUGGACGAAGUUUUUACCGGCCCCACAUGUACUACCGUAUGGACAAUAGCAGUAAGAAGAGCGUUCGCAGUUAGAAAUAUGGAGUAUGGGCAUAAUCCUGUUGGACCAGAUUUCUUUGGUCUGCGCAAAAACACCAUUGCAAAAAUGAUUCAAGAUUUACCCAACGCUGAAAAGUGCACUAAUUAUAUAUGGCAAAACUUUGAGGUUGGCAAGACAAACAAGACAGUUCGUUCUUUUUUACCUGAUAAUGAACCUUCUCCAUUCUCGGGUCCUGAACGACAAACAUCGAUACAAAAUGAUUCAGAUGACCCUCAGCGCAACGGGGAAUCCACCCCAACUUCAUCAGCCAGAAAACCUGGUAGAUCCGUACAUUCUGUAUACGAGCACACUACAUAGACGACAGAAGGAGCAACCAGAAAAGAAAAAUUAUUUAUUAUAAUAGCCCUUUAAGUUGAAAACAUACUUGCCUUUGCGGUCAAAGGCAAUCCUACAUCACCACAGUGAAUUCCAAAGUAGUACAGUAAUGUCAAGACAAAGAUACAAAUU